AUGCCGCCGUACACCAUUGUCUACGUCCCAGUUCCAGGGCGCUGUGAGGCCAUGCGCAUGCUGCUGGCUGACCAGGGCCAGAGCUGGAAGGAGGAGGUGGUUACCAUAGAUGUCUGGCUUCAAGGCUUGCUCAAGCCUACUUGUCUGUAUGGGCAGCAACCCAAGUUUGAGGGUGGAAACCUUGCCCUUUACCAAUCUAAUGCUGUCUUGAGGUACCUGGGCGGCUCUUUAGGGCUUUAUGGGGAAGACCAGAGGGAGGCCGCCCUGGUGGAUAUGGUAGGUGAUGGGGUGGACGACCUUCGCUGCAAAUAUGGUACCUUCAUCUACACUAACUAUGAGAAUGGUAAGGAUGACUAUGUGAAGGCCCUGCCUGGGCAUCUGAAGCCUUUUGAGACCUUGCUGUCCCAGAACCAGGGAGGCAAAGUUUUCAUCGUGGGUGACCAGAUUGCCUUUGCCGAUUACAACUUGCUGGACCUGCUGCUGGUCCACCAAGUGCUGGCCCCUGGCUGCCUGGACAACUCCCCCUGCUCUCUGCCUAAGUGA